AUUUUUUAUGAAGACACACUAUAAUUGAAAUAUGGAAGUUUUGGAAAAUGAGGAUAACGAACCAGCAACUUUUGAACAAGCAAUCAGAAAAACAGGGUUUGGGAAAUUUAACGUUACUCUUAUGGCGCUCACAUUUUUUGGUAUAUGCUCACCAAUGUUUGAAACGACCAAUAUGUCCUAUAUUUUUGCUUCUGCACAGUGUGACUUAGACCUUAGUUUACAAGAUAAAGGAUAUCUUAAUUCGAUGGUAUAUGCAGGAAUGAUUACUAGUUCAUUUUUUUGGGGUUUCUUAUUGGAUAUCUUGGGAAGAAAGAAACUGAUGAUAUUUGGCUAUUUCAUUGAUGCUACGUUUCUCAUUCUAAGUGGAUUUUCACAAAGUUUCUCCAUGUUACUCUUAUGCAAAUUUUUUGGAGGUUUUAUUAUAUGUGGCCCUUUUGCAGCUAUGGCGGCUUAUUUAAGCGAAUUCCACUCUUCAAGCUAUCGGGCCAGAAUCCAGGUUGUGAGCGGAUUAUUUACUGGGAUAGCGCAAAUUAUUUUGCCAUUGCUGGCUUGGGCUAUCAUGCCGCUACCGAUAAAGUGGUCACUGUUUGAUGGAUUUAUAGAAUUACAUUCCUGGAACAUAUUUCUAUUUGUCACUGGAUUAUGUCCUUUUAUAGCGGGAACCAUAUUUUCUUUCCUCUCCGAAAGUCCUAAAUUUUUAAUGACGUCAGGAAAAAAUGAAAAAGCUCUAAAAGUAUUGCAAAAAGUGUAUAGUAAGAAUACGGGAAAUUCACCAGAAUCUUAUCCAGUUAAAGAAUUGGUGCAAGAAAAAGAAGUUAUUGAGUUAUCAGACGUGGAUCCAAAGCCAAAGGUCAAAAUUAUAAAUGGUGGAAUGAGCAACAUCGGCCUAUUAUUUAAACCUAAUUAUAUAUCAAAGUUUGCCCUAAUAACAGCUAUACAAGUUACAUUUAUGGCAAGUCUAAAUAUGUUACGAUUGUGGACACCACAAUUAUUCCAAGUUUUAGAAGAUUACAAAGUUCAUAACAAUGGAUCUACGUCAGAUUUAUGUACAAUGUUAACAGUUCUACGACCAAAUCCUACGAUGGAUUCGUGUUCAUCAAAUGUUGCCAAACCAGACGCUUAUUUUCAUUCUAUGAUUGUAGCAUCAGUUGGAGUUGUAAGUUAUAUAUUUACUGGAUCUGUAAUUCAUAGAAUAGGAAAGAAAAAUCUUUUAAUUUUAGCAGCAUUGCUAGGAGCCUUAAUAUGCUUUUCACUAAUUUACUCAAGAGGAGUAAUGAUCACUAUGAUCCUAAUAUCUCUAUUUACAUCUUGUGGAAACAUAUGUACCAAUGUUAUACUGUCUGUGAUUGUUGAUGUUUUCCCAACGUCAUUAAGAGCAUUAGCAUUGUCAUUGGUAAUGGCGCUGGCAAGGAUAGGUGUCGUUUUAGGCAACAUAUUUUUCCCGAUGCUUCUCGAGCAAGGGUGCCACCCCCCAUUUUUAGUAGUAGCAGGUAUUAUCGGAGUGGGAGGCGUCUUGUGCUUCAUUUUGCCAAAUACAGAAAAUACUGCUUUGAAAUGACGUGGAGAGAUUAUGACAUUAUUAAAAUGGCAUUAUGUAUAUUAGAAUUUCAAAUUGAUUGUGCAAUAUGUUUUAAAAUUGACAAUAGAACAUUUUUUUAGUA